AUGGUCUCAUCGUUUCAUCUGGCCAAGAAGACGAAGACUGCCCGAACCCAACCGAGGAACAAACCCAUCAAAACGACGCGUCGUUUGAAGGAAAUGGAGAUCAGGCAUCUGUCCUCCGACGACCCUGAAGUCGAAGCCGCUGCUGAGGAAUCACUCGCAGCAUCCAUCCCCAAAAGCACGACGCCGGCGGCGGCGAGCCUUUCGCACGGAUUGGUAUCGAUUAUUGGCCGGAAGAGGACGCUGUCGGACGCGACGGCGGCGGUGCCGCGGCUGGAAAUUGGCGGGUUCGGGAAUUCCUUCGAUUUCUUCGCCGUCUACGGCGGCGCCGGCGCCGGCGUGUGCCAAACCACGAUGCAUCUCACGGUGGCAAUGGAAGCGGACAGGAUGAGAGGGGAAUUCUGCAGGGGAUGGGAAUACUGGAACAGAGUGAUGGGCAGCAGCUUUCAGAAGAUGGAGGACGAGGUUCGCGACGACGGCGGCGGCGGCGGUGGGGGGAAAUCUGGGCGGUGGACGGCGGUUGUGGUGAUGGUGGGGAAGGAAGAGCUAGUGGUGGCUGAGAGUGACAACAUCGCCGGAGAAGAUUGUAGAGCUGUUCUGUUUCGCGGUGGAGUUGCCCUGCCCCUGUCGCGUGGUGAUCAAAACAGACCGGCGCCGGAGGCAGAGCGAAAACAGGGGAAGGGCAUAAGUUGGAAACUCAACCGCGACAUCAAUGGAGUUAUUGGUGCAGGAGAUACUAGUGAUCGUGAUCGCCAUCAUCGGGUGAAGCCGGCGGUGACAGUUAGGGAGCGGGGAGAAUCAAUGGGGGAAUUCGUGGUGAUCGGAUCGAAAGGGUUGUGGGAUGUGGUCUCUGAUGAGCUAGCCGGAGAUAUGGUCGCGAAAUGUUUCAACGGCGGAAUGAGGAUGAGGUUUGCCGACGAGACGACGGAGAACUGUGCAUCGGCGGCGGCGGCUUUUCUGGCGGAGCUGGCGGUGGCGCGAGGGAGCAAGGAUAAUGGUUUCAGGGCCAGGUCGCCGUCGGCGGGGAAGCGGGAAGGUGGAGGCGGGGAAGCGGGGCCGUCGGCGGGGAAGUGGGGCCGUCGGCGGGUUUCAGGGUUUCAGUGCUGGUCACGCGUCGCGGCGUCGGCACUCGGCGAGGGAAGGGAGACUGGGAGGGUGAGGGAUUCAGGGCCGUCGUCGUCGGCAGCAGGAGCAGCGUCCGGCGAAGAGGAGAAGAGGAGAGGUGGCUGCGGCGCUACGCGGGGCUGCUCUCUCUGA